AUUAUUAUUGUGAACAUGUACAGCGAGACUCAUUUGACUAAUUCGAUUCUGUUGGAAUGGUAUACUGGAAUCAAUUAUCACUAUAAAUCCCAAUCAUUAGUGAUGCCUUGCAACUCCAUUGGAAAUGCUUUCUCCACAAACAAUCCACUUUCUUUGAAGCCCCACAGAACAAAAAUUGAAAUGGCUUCUAGGUUCUUCGUGUUGGGUCUCUUAUUGGGGAUUUGUUUAGCAGCUGACCCUAGUCCACUUCAAGAUUUUUGUGUAACAGACUCCACAAUCUCAGGUCACCUGAAUGGAAAGGUUUGCAAGGACCCAAAAAAACUUGGCAGGUCACCAGAAUGGAAAGGUUUGCAAGGACCCAAGGAUUGUACAAGCAGAGGAUUUCUUCUUUAGUGGCUUAGACAUAGCAGGAAACAAAUCAAAAGCAAUCGGAUUCCUCGUGACUCCAGUGAUAAUUCCUGGAGCCAACACUCUCGACAUUGUGAUAGGUCGUGUUGGUUUUGGUGACUUUUGGUGCAUUGUUGUUGGUACCAGAUUUUGAUCUUGUGUGUUUUGAUCCAGAGCUCUAAUUGUUCUACAAGAACAGAAAUGCUUUUUUAACAGAUAUAAUGUAUGCCACUGACAGAAGAUGACAACAAUUUACCAUGCAAUAUUGGCAUUACAUAUCUUUCAUAGUGCGAAGGUGGAAGCUAAAGCUGUUGUAA